ACACAAAGCCACCCUCUCACGAUUUAGAUGAGUCUGGCAACCGCGGGAAGAUCAAACCGGUCGUUAAAACAUUCUUUUUUCCUCCCGAAUUUUAUGGAUAAACAAAUGUUUAAUGCUCGUUCACUUGGGAGCUUGAAAAAUUGUGACUCGAUGGCAUCCAUUUUUUAAUGAAACUAUUUCUGACGACUUGUCGUUGUGAAAUUUUUCUGGCGAGUCGUAUCAAACUUAAAUCUUCCAUCUCUAAGUAUAAAAAAAUAUAUCGAUGAUAGCCGCUGGUGUUGCCCACAGAGGCUAGCACAACCCUAUUUCGCCUGUGCUGUUUUACACACAGCUGUCGACAUGACAUUUGCGUCGUAAACAGCGCUGUUGUAGGGGCUGCCCCUGUCUUGCAGUGUAAAGGACAGUCUGUUGUACAUAAUUGUGAAAACAGCAAGCUAGCUCCCAGCUGUGUUAGUUUGUGAUGAAGGUCGGACUUUACUGCACCUUUACUAUGUGAACUUGGAAUACCUUGCCCAUAAUCCUGAAGACUUGAAUAGACUAUAAGGCAAACAAAGAAUGGCAGCUGAAGAAUUUGUUCUGCGUUGGAAUAACCACCAGCAGAAUUUUGCUGCUGUCGUGGAAGACCUUUGGAGACACGAUACCUUCACAGAUGUUAUCCUCUGCUCUGAGGGGAGAGUGUUCCCCGCUCACCGUGUUAUUCUGUCUGCUUGUAGUCCCUACUUUCUUGAAAUCCUCAGCAAAGUGCCUGAGCACCAGCAUCCUGUUGUGUUCCUCCAAGGGGUACCCCUCAAGGAUUUACAUUCUUUGCUCACCUUCAUGUAUUCAGGGGAGGUGGUUGUAUCAGCUGGGUGUGAUAUGGCCUCGUUCUUUCGAACAGCUGAAAAUCUUCAAAUCAAAGGAUUAGCUUCAUCGUUGUUCCCGUUUGCUGUAGCUCCCGAACCUUUAAACACGCCUCUCAGUACGAGUGAGGGAGGUGCAGGAUCAGUGGAAAAUAUAAACGCAGGUUAUCCUGUGGGCCGUCCAGCACCAGGAAAUAGUGGAACUGUUAGCCCACCCAUCACAGGCGACAGACGAAUCCAUCACGUUUCAAGACCGACCAUAGUAUCUGAACCAAUGCGGUCAUCCUCAACCGACGUGGAUAGUCCUCAGCACCACCAUCAAACUGGAAGGAUAGAUGACAGGAUUACGUCUUCUCCUGGACGCUCAAGUCCUCCCCAACCAUUACCUAUCCGUGCACCCGUUAUCGCUCCGGUCGGCACCGAGCAGCAUGCCUAUUCUCAACAUCACAGCAUGCUAUUGUCCUCUCUAAUGGGCAACAGGUAUUCGCCGACACCACUCACCAACCGAUUAAUACCUGCCGCCCCACCGGCUGGUUUACCAUCUCCAUCUGCCGGACGUCCGCCGGUAGUAGUUGCCACUCCACCCAUAGGAGUUGGACCAGAAGGACCUUGGGUUCCUCGGCAGCAGCCCGUGAUCCCAAUUGUCCCUCCUCCACCACAAGGGCCUAUAGCCUCUCAACGAAUGCCUACUUACCCUCCUCCUCCUCCAUUGCCAGGACCGUCGUUCAGUAGGCGAGGUCGUCCUCCAUCCGAUGUCAACGCUCCACGACAAGAGCCUACCCCGACCGUUGCGUCUACGAUAGCUGUGUCUGAAGUGCCUGCCGCAGUUGCAGUGGCCGAACCACGACCGGCACCGUCUGCCCAAAACCAGCCGUUGCGAGUGACAGUCGUGACUCCGCAAGGACCAGUUACCAUGUUCCAGUGUCCAUAUUGCGGAAAACGUUUUCGGCGGAGAGAUCAUUUGCGACAGCAUAUCCGUACUCACACCGGUGAAAAACCCUUCCAAUGCAACACUUGCGGCCGACGAUUCAGCCAAUCGCAACAAGUGAGAAUCCACAUGCGUGUUCAUUCCGAUGCCUCGACGACUGGAACUACCAGCCAUCCACCGCACGCCCUACCAACACAGGGCCAAGGAUCACUCACAGGAGCCGGACAUAGUCGAAUUAGUAGAGGUCGCGAUUCCUACCGCGGCAGCAGUAGUAGCAGUGUUGGUAGCGCUCCUAGAGAAGCCUUUGUCGCAGAAUCGGACGUUCAGUCUAAUGUGAUCGCCUCUCAGCCGGGCGUUGGCGCCGGCACUGACGGGAGUCCGCGAGCCUCUUCAGCCCUCGCAACGACCUCCCCACCGCCACUGAUACAGACCAAACCGACCAGUCCUCCCAGUCCGUGUGACCAGGAUUCACCGACGGCCAACAAUAAUAACGCCUAAAGGUGGUAGGUCGGGAGUUAAGGGGGAAGUGGAAAGUAAUCCAAUGGGGAAAAAUUUUGUUUUCACAUAAAUCAUUUAAUCUAAGCCUCGUGCGAUAUCCAAGCGCCAUUCAUCGUACUGCCGUACCAUGUUCAAUGCUCUUUAACAAAUUGAAUUUCCCUGCCCUAUUAAUUACCACCCCAAAAUUUUCUUUUUUUUUCUCUCCAUUUUGGGGUUGGUUCACUGCCAUCAACCGGUCGAAUUCUUUUUCGCUCCAUUUUCUCUCUUUUCCCCGUGGCAAAAAGGAGCCUAUGGGCUGAAACCGGUUAAUCGUUGCUUUUUUUCUAUAUAUAUUAUCGUUGAUUAACCGUGGGCAUUUUUUGAAAACGAGCGUUUUUUUUUUUACCUUUUUUUUAGUAUGUGCCUGGUAGGAUUUGCUCUUUAAGGUCGGUGCCUUUGAUUGGGUUAAGCGGAGAGAGACAAUGCGCUAGAUAGGCGAGAGAAACAAAUAGGCGCAGCAUUGUGUUAGUGAACAGCCCAGUGAUUGUGAUCAUUGAAACCCGAGACCCAGAAUAUGAGCCAGCGAAGGAGCGUGAGAAUGAAAGUAAAAGAGAAUAGCUGAUUGUGCGAAUUUGCGCAUGUCAGAACAGUCUGUGAUAACCCAGUUGAGUUAGAAUCGACAGAAUUGCACAGCGGAAAAUCCCCCACCCCCUAAAAUUAUAUUUCAAUGUUGCAACUAACUCGUGAUAAAAGGCGCUGUGCUUCUUGGUUGAUAUGUUUCAUGCGUAUCGUUAAAAAUAACUCGUAGAUGGAGGAAGAAAAGACGUGGAACCAACUGUGAAAGGAUAUGCUAUCGCGCCAAGCCAUCAAAUGUGUACGUUUGUUCCCCCCAUCCUUCCUCCUCCCUCUCUUUGAUAGAGUCACAGUUCUCAAGCCGAGUGAAUGAUGGGCAACGACGAGUAUAAAAAAAAAAAACGCUAAUUAUUUCGUGAAAUCCAUUUCGUGAAUUAGGUAAAAUAAUUUCCCGUUUUAUAGGCAAAGAAAAGAAAAAGAAAAAAAAAGUAAUAAUAAUGUUAUGGAUCAAAUCAGUCACGGCAUUCGAUCGUGCAUAGUUAGCAAAUUUGUCCCCUCCAAAAAAAAAAAAAUGAAAUUAGCUUCAAAUUCGAUUUAUCAUGUUUAGCCGUUGACCCACCCCCAUAUCCACCAUCCUCCAUAUCUUUUAGAUUAUUUUAGAACAUCUCGUCGUUGCGUAGUACCACACUCGUUGCUCAACCAUUUGGACGUGACUGAUUUGCGUGCCUUUUCUGUCCAUCAAUGGUCAUCUGUCCCCCCUCCUCUCCCUUUUUUUGUAAUCGUAAUCAUCUGCCAGGAUCCAUGUGUUUAAAACACAUCCAGCAGCCUAGUAGAGUUUUUGUCUUCGAUCUUCCUUCACAUCAAAUUGUCCUUUCCCCCCUCGAGAAUGCAGAAUUUUCACUGCUACUUAACGACCUUAACCCUUAAACAUUUCAAUUCUUUCCCUCAAAGGGCAUUUUGAUUGUCCCCCCCCCCCCCGCUAUUGUUUCCAUAUUUUUGUGACCCUGCGGAUGAAUGAGUGAAACCGACAUCAUCGCAUUGAUAGAAUUUUUUGUGACGGUAACAACAAAUGCGAGUCAGUUUUUAGCGUAUUGAGUACCAACAACCGGUGAUUUGUGAAAACAAAAGUGAAAAACAAAAGAAUGGCGCAAACGGUUUGUGCGGAAUCGAAUCUAGUCUUGCAUUCGAAAGAUAAAUUUUUAAAGUUUCGUUUAAUUCCUUUUUAAAAGAAAAGUGACGAUCAGAUAUAGAAAUGAUCUGUUAAAUUGUUUGUUUUUUUUUUUUGGCUUGUUUUAAAAGUUUUUUGAUUCAUUAAAAGAAUGGAUGAUAUCUCGAACCCACAAACUUCUAAAGAUAACACCAAAAGAAAAAAAAAAAAAAAAGAUGUGCCUGAUUUCGACUGUGAAUGCUAUUAAACACAAACCCAGAUUCGGUAAUGAGUGAAACGGAAAAGAAAACCAAGAUGAGAAGACGGGAAUUGGUACCGGUACCUGUGUGCGGCUGUGCGAUGUUCUAUGAUUUCCUAUUAGUUAUGUUAUACACUAUAUUAUCCUUCUUUCGAUUCCUCUUUUUUUAUUACUACUGGCGCCUGCUUUUUUUUAUCGCUCUCCAGCAAUUUUCCCCGUUUUUUUAUACGUUUAUUUUCUCUAUCUCUUCUUUUUCUUGUCUUUUUUUUUUGAGUGAAUCUUGUGUGACAGUGAUGUCGUUGAUUGGCGUCCAGUGUCAAGACGCAAUACUCAUUAUUAAUGUCUUUUUCGUGUUUUAAACUUCUCUCUCAAGCGCAGUGAUCGGUAAAGCGUGCAUGUCUAAUGUUCGUUUUUUCUUUUUUUUUUUUUUGUUUUUGUUUUACCUUUCAUUUUUGAUUUUUACCUUCCGGUUGAUUAGCAUUUUUUCCUCCUUUUCCCCCGCUCUUUUUCUACUUUUUCGUCGUUGCCUUUUUGCCUCUUAAAUAGAGUGUGUAACUCGUGUUUUUUUUUUUUGUCACAUGACACAAUCGACUUUGUUCGAUCCUGUCAAAAAAAAAUCCUUUUUAUCUGUUUCGUUUAUUUUUCGUUCUGCGUCCGUUGCCGAACCAGUGAGGGGGGAAAGGCAGACAUUACCUUGUUACAUUAGGGAGCGAAUCAGUAUGAUGUCCCGCCAACUGUGACUAUUACUGAUACUCACCUGAAUCCACAAAAGUGAGAUGGGGAGGUGGAGCUGUCUAGUCGUUGCUUUUCUGUUCAUCCGCAAAUGCUUGAGCGAAAAAAGGAGGGUUGGGGGAUUCCAACUUGCCAGCAAUAAUUAAUAGCUGAAUAGAAUAUCAUGAGAGAAAGAAAAAAUUUAUUACGACCAUACAUUGUGGUCAAGGAUAAUGUGUCUGGUUGGUGUGUGUACAGUGAUGGUAUUCAAACUCUCCACCCCCCAAAAGAUUUUUUUUUUAAAUAAAAUAAUCGGAGAGGGCGAUACUGCACAAAAUGUGAUAUGGUUUUUAAAGAAUGGUAUUGUUGCGCGUGAUUGACUGUUUGAAUUAGCGAAAGCCCUGAAUGCACUUGAACACUACGACUUCUCCCUCCCCCAUCCAAAAAAGAAAAGACACAAAUUACAUCGGAAGUUUUCGUCUUUUUCACUUUAAUUAGUUCAUUUUGUAGAGUACUCGAUAUUUCUUUGAUCUAGCUUCUCUUCCUUUUGAGGUUGGGUUGAAAUAUUUUGUCUUCGUUCACUUAUGUAUUGUGGAAACAGACGGUAUGACCCCUUUCAUGAUUUCAAAAUUUUACAAUACAAUUGGAAUAAAAUCGGA